AGUGCAUUAUUGAGACGUACUUUCCUACCAUUGGAACACGUGAUAUAGCUCGGAAUAUGUGGCAGCAGCGUGCGUGCUACGAGCACUCUAACGUCGUCGACGUCACUAUCCAGUGUCAGUUUAACGUCUCUGCUAAGAACGUCUCCGAUUUCGCCAUGUACGGAAACCAUCCGUACGACCACACUGCUUACCCUCAUUCCGAUGGGUUCUCUCAGACGGCACCCACUGGAUACUGUAACAGCGGUUCACCAACAUUUCCCACAGGACCGGAAAGUUUCGACUUCGCAAAUGACGUCAACCACGUUACCACGAAACGUGGAUUUGACGUGGAUUAUGAAAGUGCGAUGCAACGUUUUGUGGACUAUGAUUUUAGAUACGGAUUAUCUAGUGCUAAUGAUUAUGUGAACGCUCGAAAUAGUGUCAGUAAUUUCGGAUAUUACAGUCAGUGCAUGAACGAUUCGGGUUACGCUAGUCCCUCGUCGGUUGGCGACAAGUCCUUUAGCGCCAACAGCCAGUCACCAGUUCCUUCUUCUGAUGGACAUUUAAACAUGGUGAAUAAGACUGUGGACAAUUUUAUCAGCGCUUCCGGGACAAGUGUCAACAACGCGUCUUUCAACCAUUCGCCCUCGCCGGCAUCUGAUGAACCGACGGAACAGAUGAAGCUAGCCAUUCGGGAACGCGACGUUCUGCAUCGUCUGUUUUCUCUGUGUACGGCGGACGUGGAAGGCGCGAGUAACGUAGAGAGCUACUAUCAAUCGCAGACGUCCAUCAUAGACAUCGAGCGCCACAACGUGCUCUCCCAGAUGGCAUGUAACAGGAAGUCGUCCCAAUCCAUAAACGCAUAUUACAACAGGAAGUUGCUCGCGCUUCUGGAGAACGUCGAGGAGAAGCUAGCGACGCUUGAAUCUAUCAAAGCUGCCGGCAGGAAGCGGUGUAUCAUGGCGAACAAGAAAUCUCGUCUGCUUCCGAAACAGGCGGUCAAGAUGAUGGAGUCUUGGUACAGCGAGAAUUUGGAGAAUCCAUACCCCUCCCGCGAAUCCACACUCUCCAUGGCGGAAGAAGGUGGUAUCAGCGUCGAGCAGAUCCGGAAGUGGUUCGCGAACAAAAGGAAUCGUACCAGGAACAGUCGCCUGAAGGCAAGUGAUGCUGGACUUGAUGAGUGUUGAUUAUGGUUCAUUUCAUAAUUGUCUUUAAUGACACAGUGUAUAGUGUUUGUUAAGUUAAACUAUCAUAAUAUACAGCAGACAUUCUUUACGUGCGCUGUGUAUGAUAAAGACAGUUUUCUUUAAAAAUACAUUUGCAUUUUCUAGUUUUAUUGAUUGUAUUCAUGUUGUUGUUGUUUAUUACUAGUACGUGUACA